AUGGAGGGAUAAUAGUAUCAAUACUUGAUGGCAGAUGAGUACUUCUUAGAAAAUAAUGAAUCUUAUUCAUCAUUUUCACUAGGUGAUAUUUAAUUUUUAGUCAAUUUAAAUGAUUUUGAAGCUCCUAUUUUUCAACCCUCCAAAAUUCAUAAUCCAUAUGUUAGUUUGGUUGGGAAUUAUUGCAUGGCUGAUUCAUCUAUUAUUUUCAUCAACAAAGUCGACCCAAUAUUUGUUGCUAUUCGAGUACUAAGAAAUAAAUUAGCAAAUUAAUAAUAAGAGAAUAGUAUUGAAUUUGAGAACAUUUUCAAUGGUGAAGAUACAUUUGAAGUUUACUUAAGCAAGCACAAGCAAAUAAGAUAGAACAUUGAUUGCAUAAGUAACAAAAAGGAGAUUGGCGAUGAAAUAUAUGUCAAGUUGGAUAAAGGAAAGCUAUUCUAAUUUUUAGAUGUUAAAUACAAUAGUAUUCGUCAAUAUUCCCAAAAAAGUGUGUACUUUGUAGAUGAUUGCAAUUAAAAAAAAUAAGAUGAAUCUGAGUUAAAGAUUUGCGAUCUCUUUAAAUAAUAUAUCGGAGAAUAGCUAUAUAAUGACUAUUAGGCUACUAAAAAGAUUGUUAUAGCCAAUUAGACCUCAAAAUUUGAAUUUCAUAAUGAACAAAAUGGAAGUAAUAUUAGAGAAGACAAAGAAGUAAUCACAAAAAAGACAUAAUCUAAUUCCAAGAGAAAUUAGGAAACCAAUGAAAAAUAGGUCAAAAACAAUAAUAUCUUAGAUCAAUACUUUAAAAAAAUAACUAAGUAACCAGAAUAAGAGAAAUGAUCAAUAGUUAUUUUUAAGAUAUGAUUUUGUUAUUAGUAGUAUUU